AUGGGGAGAACCAUUAUAAUACAAUUCAAAGAUAAGCCCAAAGGAAAGGGCCCAGAACCACCUCCACCAGUGGGUUUCUUUAAACUGUUCCGCUUCUCGACUACAUUCGAACGCCUGCUGAUGCUGGUCGCCGUGCUGUCGACGGUGGUGUCGGCCGCGUGCCAGCCGCUCAACACGCUCUUCUUUGGCACCCUGACGGGCGUCAUGGUGGAGUACGCGGCGCAGAUGAGCGAGGUCAUUGCCAGCGGCCAGACCCGGGAGGACGCGAGCGUGGCGUUCCUCGACGGCAUUCGGCAGUACUCGGUCCGCGUCGCCAGUCUGGGUGGCAUCAUGUUCGUCGCCACCUACAUCUCCAUCACGCUCUUCAACUACGUCGCCACCAGACAGAUUUACCGAAUACGUGACAUCUACCUGAAGUCAGUGCUACAGCAAGACAUCGGUUGGUACGAUAUGCACCAGUCUGGAGACUUCGCCAGUCGAAUGGCUGAGGACCUGCUGAAACUGGAGGAGGGCAUGGGCGAGAAGGUGGCCAUGUUCUUGCACCUGCUGCUGGGUUUCGUGGGCAGCCUGGUGCUGGCGCUUGUCAAGGGCUGGGAGCUGGCACUCAUCUGCCUCAUCUCGUUGCCCAUCACCAUGAUCGCCAUGGUCACCAUCAACAUCAUCUCGUCCCGCCUGGCGCGCCGCGAGCUCGAAGAAUACGCCAAGGCCGGCUCCAUCGCCUCCGAGGUGCUGGGCGCCGUGCGUACCGUCAUAGCGUUCUCCGGGCAGGCCACUGAGGCGGAAAGGUACGAAAAGAACCUCGUGUCCGCAAAGAACAUAAACAUAAAGCGGAGCUUCUUCACGGCUCUGGGUUUCGGCGUGCUGUGGUUCUGUAUCUACUCCAGUUAUGCUCUGGCCUUCUACUAUGGAGUGGGGCUGGUCAUCAAGGAAAUCGGCUGGAACUACGAGGACAAGGUGUACACCCCCGCCACGAUGAUCACGGUUUUCUUCUCCGUUAUGAUGGGUUCCAUGAUGUUCGGUAUGGCUUCGCCGUACAUCGAGGCUUUCUCCAUCGCAAAAGGUGCAGCCGCCAAGGUGUACAGCGUCGUGGACCGGGUGUCUCCCAUCAACAGCAUGUCUGAGGAGGGCGACAGGCUCAAGGAAGUCAACGGCAACGUGAGCUUCAAGAACGUUCACUUCGAGUAUCCGUCUCGCAAAGGCGUCAAGAUUCUGCGAGGACUCAACUUGACCAUCAACCGUGGGGAGACAGUGGCCUUGGUCGGCGGGUCCGGCUGCGGAAAGUCGACGUGCAUUCAGCUGGUCCAGAGAUUCUACGACCCGCUGCAAGGCUCGGUGGAGCUGGAUGGCCACGAUAUCCGGAAGCUGAAUGUUGGCUGGCUACGGUCGCAGAUUGGCGUGGUGGGACAGGAGCCGGUACUCUUCCAGACCAGCAUUGCGGAGAACAUACGCUACGGACGAGACGGUUCAACCAUGGAGGAAAUAAUAGAGGCAGCCAAAAUGGCCAACGCGCAUGACUUCAUUUCCAAGCUCCCGCAGGGCUACGACACGCUGGUGGGCGAGCGCGGGGCCCAGCUGUCGGGCGGCCAGAAGCAGCGCAUCGCCAUCGCCAGGGCGCUGGUGCGCCGCCCCAAGAUCCUGCUACUGGACGAGGCCACCUCUGCUCUGGACACCGGCAGCGAGGCCAAGGUGCAGGCCGCGCUAGACAAGGCCAGCGUCGGACGCACGACCAUCAUCGUGGCACACCGACUGUCAACCAUCCGCAACGCGGACAGGAUCGUGGUGAUCAGCGGAGGCUCCGUCGUCGAGGAGGGUCCGCACGACGCCCUCAUGGCACUGCAGGGCCAUUACCACAACCUCGUCACCACACAGGUCACCGACUCUGAAGACACUUCUAAAUCUCCAAAUGAAUCUGCAGGUAAGCCUCUUAGAGCCCGUCGUGCGCCGGAACGCCUGCUCAGUGUGCGCAGUGACGCAUCGUCGGCUGUGGGGGAGGAGGAGGCGGAGGAGCAGGAGAUGAACCCCGCACUGCGCGCCGCCGCCGAGAGGUACGCCGAGCAGCCGCCGCAGCCGGUGGGCGUGCUCGAGGUGAUGCGCCUCAACAGCCCCGAGUGGCCGCAGCUUGCCAUCGGCACCGUCUUCUCCAUAGUCGCUGGCUGCGCCAUGCCCGUCUUCGCCGUACUCUUCGGUGACGUCAUCGGGACACUCAGCUUGCAAGAUGGAGAUCAAAUGCGGAAAGAUACGAACCGCUACUGUGUGCUCUUCGUUAUUGUUGGCGUCGUCAUAGGAUGCAGCUACUUCUUGCAGAUUUUCAUGUACGGCAUAGCUGGAGAGAAGCUGACGAUGCGAGUCCGAAGCCUCAUGUUCUCGGCGAUGCUGCGCCAGGAGGUGGCCUGGUUCGACGACAAGAACAACAGCACGGGAGCGCUCUGCGCCCGUCUCUCCGGUGACGCUGCCAGCGUUCAGGGGGCGACGGGCCAGCGUAUCGGCUCGAUCGUGCAGUCGCUGGCGACGCUGGUGCUGGCGGUGGGUCUGGCCGUGUACUACGAGUGGCGCCUGGGGCUGGUCGCCGUUUCCUUCACGCCCUUCAUGCUGGCCGCGCAAGUCAUGCAGCGCAAGCUGGUGCGCGGAGAGACGCUGGGCCAAGCUGACGCCAUGGAGAAGGCCAUCAAGCUGGCAGUCGAGGCGGUGGGCAACAUCCGCACGGUGGCGGGCCUGUGCAAGGAGCGCUACUUCCACCAGCAGUACAUGCUGGAGCUGCGGCCCAGCUACCGGCUGGCGCGGCGCAACGUGCACGUCCGGGGCGUCGUCUUCGGCCUGUCUCGCAGCAUCGGCUUCUUCGCCUACUCCGCCUGCAUGUUCUACGGAGGCUCGCUCGUCGAAGCAGAGGGCUUGCCUUACAAGAACGUCUUCAAAGUGUCGCAGUCGCUCAUCAUGGGCACCACGGUCGUGGCCAACGCGCUGUCCUUCGCACCCAACUUGCAGAAGGGCAUCGACGCAGCUGCCAAAGUGUUUCACCUCCUGAGGCGGGAGCCCCGCAUCACGGACCCAGUAAAUCCCUCCAAGGAAAUGCGCGAGACGCGUGGAGAGGUGCAGUACGAGUUGGUGGAGUUCGCGUAUCCCACACGGCUCACCACAAUGGUGCUGCGUGGGCUCAGAAUGGAGGUACGGCCCGGUCAGACGGUGGCGCUGGUGGGGCCCUCUGGCUGUGGCAAGUCCACCUGCAUUCAGCUGCUCGAGAGGUUCUACGACCCCAUUUCUGGGAUUGUGUCCAUGGACGGAAGAGACGUGUCCUCGAUCCUGACGUCGGAGCUGCGUGCUCCGCUCGGCAUCGUGUCUCAGGAGCCCGUUCUUUUCGACAGGACGGUCGCAGAGAACAUCGCAUACGGAGACAACACCAGAACAGUGCCCAUGGCGGAAAUCAUUGAGGCUGCCAAGAAGUCCAACAUCCACAACUUCAUUGCCUCACUGCCUCAGGGCUACGACACGCGCAUGGGGGAGAAGGGCACGCAGCUGUCUGGAGGGCAGAAGCAGCGCGUGGCCAUCGCGAGGGCGCUCGUCCGGAACCCCAAGAUACUGCUGCUCGACGAGGCUACAUCUGCACUCGAUGCCGAGAGUGAGAAGGUGGUACAGGAGGCCCUCGACAAGGCGAAGGAGGGGCGCACGUGCAUCACCAUCGCGCACCGACUGUCAACCAUCCAGGACGCGGACGUCAUCUGCGUCAUCAACGAAGGUCGCGUCGCUGAGCUCGGGAAACACACAGAGCUGCUGGAGCGACGGGGCAUCUACCACAAGCUGCACAGCCUGCAGUCGGGCCGCCGCUCUGCAGAUGAUGAAGAA